AGGACUGAGGAGGUGAGGUAAAGGUAGUAGUGUUGUGUUAACAGCGGCGCGGCGUCCCGUAGCGUCGUCAGUUAGUUUACCAUUCAUUGGAUAGUGCAAAAUCCCCUGAAGCAGUUUCGCGUGCAAUCACCAAUUCUUCGCUAUGACUCAAUAACAGCUGGGCAAGGAGUCACAAUGUAGUUGUGUGCUGAUAUGGACGUCCCCAUGGUGAACAUCACCAUCACGUCAGGGGACUCUUCCGUGGACUCUGGCUUCCACCCCACAUCUGACACUGACUCCGAGAUACUGGAAGCCUUUUCUAGCAAACCAUUGUCACCAAACCUGACAAAACUUUACAACCAUGAAAGUGACAAUCUUGUAGAGGAAGUAUACUUUGCUGAAGACUCUUUGUGUAAUCUAGAGGGAACUACCAAGUAUGUAAACACAGAGGUUAACAGUGAGAGGGACAGUGGAACUUAUCAUGCUUCACCGUACAUAAUAGAAGAGGAGGCCAGUUUGAGGAGGAGUGUUGCUAAACUUUGCGAAGACAUUAACAUUACUAACUCACUGGUCAAGGAGGAGGUCUGCAAAAACUGUGUACCUUCCACAGGAUUGAAACCAACCCAUUAUGUGAAAAAUCUCAACCUAUAUGAACAAAAUAAUCAGACUCGACACUAUGUAAAUCAAUACGAACUUAAGACUAGAAUUAAACAAAUCCCGAUAAGUGAAAGUGUUGUUGGUGACAUAAAGAGUUCAAACAUCCAGGUGGUGGUAGCCAUUGAUCUAGGCUCUACAUACAGUGGCUACGCGUACUGUUACACACAACAUGAGUUUGACAAAGAAAUCCAUAUGAUGAGGAAGUGGGAAGGUGGUGAUCCAGGCUUAAAUAACCAAAAAAUACCAACAACGCUGUUGGUUUCUCCAGAAGGUUUAUUUCAUUCGUUUGGACUUGCAGCAAGAGACUGUUAUCAUGAUCUAGAGCCGCAAGAUGCCAGUAGAUGGUUUUAUUUCGACAAAUUCAAGAAAACACUACAUAGUAAUUCUAAUGUGAGUCCAAACACGAAGGUGACAGCAGCGAAUGGCAAGAGUUUCCCAGCAGUUGAGAUAUUUGCGAUGGCAUUGCACCAUCUCCGUGGUCUUGCUCUGGCUGAGCUGCAGGACCAGGGAGGGGAGGUGGGGAUUGAGGGGGUGCGAUGGGUUGUCACAGUCCCGGCACUCUGGGGACACGGAGCCAAGCAACUCGUACGAGAAGCGGCCUACAAGGCAGGAAUCUGUUCAUCAGAUUCUCCACAAUCUUUGGUUAUUGCUUUGGAGCCAGAGGCAGCAGCUGUUUGGUGUAAGAACCUGAGGUUUGAUCAGAUCGAGGGGAAACAACUGUGUAAAGGACAUUACCAGCAAAGUAGUCAAGGAACUUGCUUCAUCAUCGUGGACUGUGGAGGAGGCACUGUUGAUGUUACUGUGCAUAAGCUCCAUCAUCCCAAGGGACCACUCAAGGAACUUUACAAAGCAUCUGGGGAGCCUUGUGGAUCACUAGGAAUAGAUGAAGAAUUUGACAAACUACUAGGAACUGUGUUUGGGUUUUCAUUCAUGAGUCAACUAAGAACUGACCGCCCAGCUGCCUACAUGGAACUAAUGUUAAGUUUUGAAUCUCGGAAGCGAAGUCUCCUUCCAUCUCGCGCAUCCCCUCUGAAUGUCUCUCUCCCAUUUGCAUUUAUUGACUUCUUUGAAAAAGUAACAGGAAAAAAGGUGGAAGAGAGGUUGAAGGGUUAUAACAACCCACAGCUUUCAUGGUCACCACAGGGUAUGCUACGCAUCAGUCCAGAGUUGAUGAAGGAGUUAUUCAAAUCAACUGUAGAAAACAUUGUUAAGCAUGUGGAGGGGGUCCUAACCACACCAGAAGUUGCAGGAUCAAUGAAAUAUGUAUUUCUUGUUGGAGGCUUUGCUGAGUCACUUUUUCUCCAAGAUGCAAUCAGGAAAAAACUUACAGAUCUUAACAUACCACCUCCAAUUAUUCCUCAGGGAGUGGCCCUAUGUGUUUUGAAAGGAGCCGUUAUGUAUGGUCUCAUCCCACAAGUAGUACUCAUGCGCAAGGCUCAGCACACCUAUGGGAUUGGAGUUUUGAAGCCCUUCCAGAAAGAGAAUCAUCCUAUUGAAAAGUUAGUGCUGAGAGACAACAGAGAGUGGUGUGCUGAUGUGUUUGACGUGUUGGUCACCAUCAACCAGAACCUGUACGCUGGAGAGUCUGUACUGAGGAGGUACACUCCUGCUAACCCCAGCCAGAAUGUUAUCAUCCUUCAUAUCUACCACACAGACCUUGCACAGCCGAAGUUUGUGACUGACGAGGGUGUGCAGAGAAUUGGAACAUUGAAAUUAGACCUGAACUCAGAGCUGGGUAGAGAUAAGCCUCGGGAGAUUUUGACUCGUUUGAUAUUCUCAAGCACAGAGCUGACCGUGAGUGCAAUGGACCUGGAGACUGCAAGCUACACAGACACCAGUCUCACCUUUAUCGGCUGAAUGUGAGGACUCUGCAAGAAUAGCCAGAAAUAGGAAAAUUAUGAUAUACUCAUCCAAUUCUGUAUGAGUUCAUAGGGUAUAGUCAAGUCCGAUUAUACUGGGAUUCCACAAAAGACUAGAGCUUCCUAGAGAUUUCCUACAAAACUAGAGCUUAACUUCUUUUUCUCAACAUGUGAUGAUCUACCUGUGUAGGUUGUAUCGACCACAUAGUGUACCUAGCUUCGUAUUACCUUUGACUAUUGAUUCAACUAGACGGUCCAAGUUAAAGUUGUAGCCCGUUUUUUAUCAAAAUUGUCGUAGUUGAUGUGAGCCACCGACUACAGGUACUGAUCUAAAUUACAAUUAAUUUAUGUUGAAUGUACACAAACUUUUUUACUUAGUCAAACUCAUAGAACAGCAACAGUUGACCCAUCAACUAUGUCCAGCAAUAAAAAAUAAAGUAGAAAAUUGAACUUUAGACACGAUCACAUUCUGUAACUGGCUCACACAACUAUAGUUCGGCCGCUUAGAAAACGACCUGCGCGCUGCUAAACCAAUGCUGGAGGAGGUCGCUUUCUAAGCGGCCAACCUAAAAGUUCUUUAUUAAUAAAAAAAAUAGGUCACAGCUGGUCCAUAUAGAUGUGAUGUCUACUUUAGUAUCCAAUAAUAAAUGGUAUUUUUGAUAA